GAGCUGUGACGCAGCCAGCAGACGAGGAGAAGGACACAAGCCUCAUCUUGCCAUCAGCAUCCAUUCAGCCCCGCAUCGCCUCUAAAUUGCGUCGCGCUACAGAACAAAUCUACUGCAAAACAAGAGACAAAUUCAGAAACCCCGAGGCUUGAUUUCAGGCCCACCCAUCCGCAGAGCAGCAUGACUAAAGAGGAGAGCGGCGAGGUGGACGAGGCCCAGCCGGCCUCCGAGUUCACCAGCCCCGUCCACGAGCCCCGCAGAAGGCCCAUGGUGCACCCCUCCGCACAGGCCCCCCUCCCCAAAGACUACGCAUUCACGUUCUUUGACCCGAAUGACCCGGCCUGCCUGGAGAUUCUGACGGACCCGCGCACCACCAUCCCAGAGCUGUUUGCCAUCAUCCGCCAGUGGGUUCCACAGGUGCAACACAAGAUCGACAUCAUCGGAAACGAGAUUUUGAAGCGUGGUUGUCAUGUGAAUGACCGUGAUGGGCUGACGGACAUGACUCUGCUGCACUACAGCUGCAAGGCUGGAGCCCAUGGUGUUGGCGACCCUGCCUCGGCCCAGCGUCUGGUGAACCAGCUGAUCUCCCUGGGUGCGGACGUGAGCCUACGCAGCCGCUGGACAAACAUGAACGCGCUUCACUACGCAGCUUACUUCGACGUGCCCGAGCUCAUCAGAAUACUGCUCAAGGCCUGCAAGCCCAGAGUGCUGAACUCCACCUGCAGUGAUUUCCACUAUGGUACGGCUUUGCAUAUCGCCGCCUCCAACCUGUGUCUGGGAGCCGUCAAGUGUCUGCUGGAGCAUGGGGCCAACCCCACUGUCAGGAACGAUAAGGGUCAGGGCCCGUCGGACGUGGUGCCAGACCCAAUGGACAUGAGCCUGGACAAGGCGGAGGCGGCCAUGGUGGCCAAGGAGCUGAAGCAGCUGCUACUGGACGCCGUGCCGCUCAGCUGCAACCUGCCACGCGCCACACUGCCCAACUACGACAACAUCCCCGGCAACCUCAUGCUCUCAUCCAUCGGACUCAAGCUCGGCGACCGCGUCCUGCUGGAUGACAUGAAGUUACCCCAAAAGACAAACAGCAGUGAUGUCACCGACCCACUGCAACAGCCCAAACAGACUGGCACCCUGCGGUUCUGUGGUACCACUGAGUUUGCGAGUGGGCAGUGGGUGGGUGUGGAGCUGGACGAAGCCGAGGGGAAGAACGAUGGCAGUGUUGGAGGGGUCCGCUACUUCAUCUGCCCCCCCAAAAUGGGACUUUUUGCCCCCGUCUCCAAGAUCACCAAGUUAUCCGACCAGACCCCCUCCUCCAUCACCUCCACCCCUAAGACCCCGCGCAUGGACUUCUCCCGCGUCACAGGGAAGAUGAAGAAGGAGAAGAAGGAGAAGGAGAAAGAGAGAGAGAGAGAGAAAGCCUUGAGGAAGAAGUCCUUGUCCAUGGCCAGUCUGGACCCUGAUGGGGUGAGGGUGGACUUGGGAGACCAGGUGCUGGUGGCUGGACAGAAGAAGGGAACCAUCCGCUUCUACGGAAAGACAGACUUCGCCCCAGGUUACUGGUUUGGCAUCGAGCUGGAACAGCCGACGGGGAAGCAUGACGGCUCAGUGUUCGGGGUGCGCUACUUCAGCUGCUUACCGAAAUACGGCGUCUUCGCACCUCCCUCCCGCGUGCAGAGACUCGGGGGCCCAAAGGAGUCCCAGGGAGACGGCACUCUUGUGAAGAAAGUCCAUCAAGUGACAAGUAAGUCUGAGACAUUGUCCCAGCCCAAGCGUCACUUCAAUGCGGUUAGGUCUCCCAAAGACAUCACAUCAGAGAGCUCCAUAUCCAGGUUGCUUUUCUGCUGCUGGUUUCCAUGGAUGCUGCGUGCAGAGAUGCAGUCCUAAACCAUCUCUUCUCUCUUCUCCUCCCUCCCUCCCUCUCACGAUAAACCAUCUCUUCUCUCUCUCUCUCUCCCUCCCUCCC